AUGCAACGCUUCCAUGAUGAAAGAUCUGCACCGGCGUACAUCAGUGGCAAUUGGAAGUGGAACGAUAACACUGAGGCGUUGGACUUUCAAGUUUAUACUGACUUGGAAGAGAAGCCUGAACGUUUCAUAUAUACGAAUGGUUUUCAGUUUAUUCGCACAAUAACCCAGGAUGAGGAAUCGGUGUUUCGAAUGAUGUUCCUACGCUCCGAAACCUCAUUCGAUGCGGACACUGUGAUAAUCGAAGAUGUGCGAAAUUUGGUGUUAUUUUUAAUGCCAAAAGAGUUUGUGACAGCUUCGUUUAUUGAAUUUAUGCACCAGCCGGUGGUGCUUAACCUGUUGAAUGGUUUAGUUAUAUAUUUUGAAUAUUUUCUGCGUUUCGUGGAGUUGGUGCUAAUUCAACGCGACGAAUCAGUUGGGCAAAAUAGGAAAAUGCAAACGAUGCAAUCGGUUAAAAUGAAGCGAAUUUGGUCCACCUAUUUGAGCCAGCAUCGCCUUCUGGUAGCUCGCGAUUACACCGAGCUAAUAUUGGGUAGUGGGGAGUUACAUAAGUAUCAUCAUCUGAAUCAUCCACUCAACAUUUCCGCCACGGCGAGGGACUGUACGAUGUACGAGCAAUUUCUAGCGGUUGCUACUCACAUCGUCUGGAUCACCAUGCACAGGCGGGCAUAUUACGUGAUUGAGAUGGAAAUUAAUCGACUAUUUCGAUCCGAACACUUUUUGAAAAAGCGGCCAGAGUAUCCCAGGUUUUCGCCCGUUGAGCGAUCGUUGCUGUAUGGACGAAACAACAAGCUAGUCAGCUAUAAGUGGCAAACCUCGCCAUUAAUGCAGGAGUUGCAAAAUAUUUGUCAAGCGGAUAUGCCGCUCCUAUUUAUCGGUAGACGGAAAUACAUUGGGACUGAUGCACGCAUAGCGGAGCUCGAACUGGAAUACAUAGUGCCGGGAGCACAGUUACGUCUCAUUGACGUACAGCACGGCAUUCUGGGCCAUCCGAAAACGGCGUACGACACUCUUCUCCGAUUAAAUUGGAGCUCCGUGCGCCACUCAACGGAUGCUUGGAUAGUUAGCAAGCAGCCAUAUCUACGUAUACCUAACAUCAAGAAAAUAAAGGAACUCAAGUCGACUGAGAGACUGGACUAUCGCUACAAUAUCCUAAUGCAUUACGAACCAGCGCCUCGGGAAAUGCUCGUCAAAUGGAUGAAACGUGAAGAGAUAAUCAAAAACUACAUGCAUUAUGAGAAAAUCGAAAAUGCCUCUGACAUGUGCAAAAAGAUAUCGAUAAGCGAAAAAGAUUGGCGAGCCGCGCACAAGGUUGUUUCCUCCUACAUGGGUAUCAUUUCCAAACUGCGUAAAUCUCGAAAAUGA